AUGUCGUUCCGCCUCGUCUCGCUCGCCACCGCACUCCUCGCCGCCUCCAAGGCCGUGCACGCCAUCGGAGACUUCCCCUGCUCGGGCUCGACCGACUCGCAGUCGUGCGCCGCAUGGAGCGUCGACCCGAAUGCGCAGGGCACCAUCUCUGCCACCGCUGUCUGCCAGCCUGACCCCAUCAAUACGUCGAUGAGCUACUGCGGGUACGCGCACGCUGCCUGCACGACUGGAACAGACUGCGACUACGGAUCGUGCUCGAACGGCCACUGCGCAGGCUACCUCGGCGACGCCUGCUCGGCCGACACCGACUGCCAGGCGUUCUUCUUCUGCGGAACGGACGGCAAGUGCGGCGGGACUGGCGCAGCGUGCGCCAACGGCGACGCUUCGGCACCUAUCCCUUCGCCUGACCAGCAGUGUGUGAGCCAGUCGUGCGACACGACCACCAAGACGUGCGCUGCUGCUCCCGCUGCUGGUGUCCCCAACGGCUUCGGUUGCAGCGGUAACACGAUGUGCGCGAGCGGCUUCUGCUCAACCGCCUCGGUGUGCUCGCUUGCUGCCUCGCCUCAAGCCCGCCGCAAGCGCUCGACGCACGUCUGCCCCGCAAACCAGGUCGCCUGCUCGACCGGCCUCGGCGACGGCUACGAGUGCAUCGACUCGCAGACCAACCUCGAGCAGUGCGGUGGCUGCGUCGCCGACGGUACCGGCGUCGACUGCACUGCAAUCUUUGGCGUCGAGAGCGUCGAGUGCGACGCGGGCAAAUGCAUCGUCAUGUCUUGUGUGCCUGGGCUCAACGUCAACCCGACCGCGACGGCUUGCGUCUAA